AUAGAUUUUCUCAUCCGGUUCUUAUGUUAAAUCAGACCGGAGUGGCAAAUGAGUGACGGUUUAACCGGUAAAACCGACCCGGUCCGGUUUAUAUCUGCGUUGUUGAACAGUGUCGUUGUCAUUGCUCUCUUUUCACAUUCACGGGUCUAUCUAGUGUCUACACUGAGAUUUGGUGAAAGAGCCAUGGACUUUGAUGCUUCGUGUAGCUUGGUUUUAUGUGGUAAAUCUUCUGUAGAAACUGAUGCAGCAACACGUUUGAAGAACAAUAACGUUCUUAAACUCCCAGAUAAUACCAAAGUUUCAAUCUUUUUACAAUCUGAGAUCAAGAAUUUGGUUAAAGAUGAUGAUUCCUUCAAUCUUUCACUAUUCAUGAACUCGAUUUCGACUCAUCGGUUUGGUCGGUUUCUCAUUUGGUCUCCAUUCUUGUCUUCCACUCAUGAUGUUGUUUCUCAUAACUUCUCUGAGAUUCCAGUUGGUUCAGUGUGUGUCACAGAUAUUCAGUUUAAAGGUCGAGGCAGAACAAAGAAUGUUUGGGAAUCUCCAAAAGGUUGUCUUAUGUAUUCGUUUACCGUAGAAAUGGAAGAUGGUCGAGUAGUGCCUUUGAUACAGUAUGUGGUGUCUCUUGCUGUUACUGAGGCAGUGAAAGAUGUUUGUGACAAGAAGGGUUUGUCGUAUAUUGAUGUUAAAAUAAAGUGGCCAAAUGAUCUAUAUUUGAAUGGCCUUAAGGUUGGAGGCAUUUUGUGUACCUCCACAUACGGAUCAAGGAAGUUCCAUGUCAGUGUUGGUGUGGGAUUGAAUGUGGACAACGAGCAACCGACCACGUGCUUAAAUGCAGUACUAAAAGACAGUUGUCCUGCAUCAAACCUACUUAAAAGAGAAGAAAUUCUUGGUGCCUUCUUUCACAAAUUCGAAACAUUCUUUGAUCUAUUCAUGAAACAAGGUUUUAAAUCUCUCGAGGAGCUUUACUAUAAGACAUGGCUUCACAGCGGACAAAGAGUGAUUGUUGAAGAAAAAAACGAGGACCAAGUUGUUCAAAAUGUUGUGACUAUCCAGGGUUUGACUUCUUCGGGAUAUUUGCUAGCUAUGGGAGAUGACAAUGUAAUGUAUGAGCUUCAUCCUGAUGGCAAUAGUUUUGAUUUUUUCAAAGGACUGGUCCGAAGAAAACUAUGAACCAAAGAUUUCUUGAAGCACCUUCUGGUGGACGCUGAUGUUAUCUAGCAAUUAGCACCAUUAACACAACUACUAUAAGUUUGGAUUUUCAAAAUUAAACAAACUGUUUUGAU